ACAGACAGCCAGAGUUCUGUUAUACGCUGGUCUAUGUAGAGAACUUGUCUGAGGUCGAAACUAAUUGGCAGUGUGCAGGAGGAACUAUUUCAUUAUGGAAGCUCUGAUUGGAAUUCUUAUGAUGGUUGCAGUGAGGAUCUCCAUAGUCAACGCUCACAUCUGUACCUUCCGUGAUCAACAUGACGGACUGUUUGUUGACUGUAGAGGGAGACAACUCCAGCAUGUUCCCGAUGACCUCCCAAUGAACAUGACCUUUCUUGACAUCAGUGAGAAUCGGAUAACUGCUGUGAGAAACAGGACUUUUCAACACUUUAGCUGUCUUAAGUACAUAAACCUGAACAAUAAUUCGCUUACCACGAUGGAGCCUGAUGCCUUCGUUGGUGUACUCAGCCUGACCAAACUCCUUCUUGCUAGCAACAAACUCUCACAUCAAAGUGAUUCUUUACCUGAAGGACUUUUCCGUGACCUCGGCAACUUGCAUACGCUCAAUCUACAGAAUAACAAGAUGUAUGAAUAUCCAGAUUUGGUGUUAGCUCCCCUCACCGAGCUCCACAACCUGUACAUAGACCCAGUUCCAGAUGCUGUAUUUGGACCUGAAUUCUCCAAACUGACAAAUCUUAAAGUUCUCAACAUGGACAAUGGCCACUGUUCUUUAGAAACAUUAAAAAACGAAACAUUUCGAGGUUUAAAUGGAACAAAACUUGAAGUACUACUUCUAAAUCAUUGUCAUCAUUUAACCUCUUGUCAGGCUGGUGUUCUUGAGCCUUUGUCCCACCUAAGACAUCUGGAACUAACAAACAACGGAAUCGGUAUCCAUAAGGUUUUACGUCUUCUUUAUCCCUUUGUUGGAAGGAGCAUGACAAGAAUAUGGUUGAACAACACAUUUAAACGCCAAGGGGUUCACGUCAAGGAAGAUCUGGAAGAUCGCAUGAUUACAGAAUAUAGCACACGUUUUUUGGCUCAGAUUUGUGUUUCAGAGUUGUCCUUAAAGGGUAACCGGAUAAGUUUAAUUGAAGCAGGUUCUAUCAACAAGUCGCCAAUUCGUGAAUGUAUGGAAGUGGUCAUUCUCUCACAAAACUGUAUCAUUGGAGAUGGAAGAUUGGUGUUUUUAGCUGCACUGUUCUCAAAACUGAGACAUCUCGACGUAAGCCAUCAACACCAUGUAGCCGAUGAAACCGUAAACAUAUGGGGACAGUCAGAAGGGAUAAAAAAGGCUAACAUUACCCUGAUGCUUCCCCCAAACCUUCAAUAUUACGACGCAACAGACACUUUCAUGUCAACAAAUACAUAUGAUGAAGUCACGUUUAGAAACACCGAAAAUCUUCACACGGUGCGUUUUGGAUACAACCAACAACAUAAUAUUGUUCGCGUGAAAGGGUUGGAAAAUGUCAGUCAUGUUGACUUAUCUGGAAACAAACUUGGCAGUGUUAGUGACGACUUUUUUAAGUCAUUUUCAAACGUCAAAUCAUUAUCUUUGAAAGAUUGCAACUUACAAUUUGCCAACGACGUGCUAAAAGCUCGGAAUAUGUUCGGUGCCCUCAAACUGAUGGAAUAUUUGGAUCUUUCAUUAAAUAACCUUCAGCUAUUUCCAUUCAUCCUAAAUCAAAAUAGAAUCAUUCAUCUCAUUCUUUCGCAAAACAAAUUUGACACAAUUCCCAUUGUGACAGAGAAUUUCCCAAGCCUUAUUCUUCUGAACAUGUCAUUUAAUAUGAUAGGACACUUGGACAGGUUUACACGAUCUGACUUGGAUACCUCGGCUGCAAGGAACAGUCUGAAAGUCGCAUUUGAUGGCAACAUCUUUUCCUGUGGCUGUGACACUCUGGACUUUAUACUGUGGCUGAUGGACACACCAGUAGUCUAUGAGUCUGACAGGAAUUUCGCUUGUAUUCAGGACAAUGGACAAAUGACAGGAACUGCUGAGGUUGCUGUUGAAUACAUGCGCAUCUACCGUUAUUGUACUGGCAAAUGGAUCCUCACCCUCACAUUCACAUGUUUGGUUGUCUUUUUGACAUCGACCAUAACAAUAUAUCUAAUUUCCAAGAACCCAACCAGAUGCAGAAACAUUCUCAUGAUGACACUAGGGUUUGGCGGCAAGUAUCUAACUCAAAAAGAUUUUUCUUUCAAGCUCUACAUCGGAUAUUGUGAAGCUGACAUUGCAUUUGUCUAUCGGAGACUUCGGCCUGCAUUAGAGCUGUGUAAACACCCUGUGCGUCUCUUCCUAAAAGAUCGGGAAGUACUUCCGGGUCAUGACAUUGCUGACGGAAUUAUAGAAGGUGUCCAUAAAAGUUGGAAGACCGUUCUUCUUGUAUCAUCUGACUUCCUCGAAGAUGACUCUGCGUGGUCACAUUUUACCACCAAAGCAGCAAUAUACUCUGCGAAUGCUCUCAUUCAGAACCGGAUACUGAUCCUACUGAUGGGUGAAGUCCAGGUACAGGACCUGCCUCUGUGUCUGUUAAACGUGGUUGAAGAGGAAUUCAUAAUUCAUGUUGAUGAUUACCCUGAGGCAGAGUUGUGGAAACAUCUGAGACAAACUGCAAAUCUGGAACACUAACAGCUUAUAUGGUAACCAAUAAGGUCUAAGCGUUUCAUCCGACAGUUUAAUAUUCAUCUUCUUGACAAUUAGAGGAUGUCAUGUUAUCUAUGUAUCAACUGACAGUGAGUUUCAUUUACUAGUUACAAGCAACA